AUGACAGAAGUAUCAUUCGCAAAGUCCUUCCUGGCGGCGCUGGACGCCCGUCCCAUCAAGCUGUCGCCAGACCAUGUCGAGGAUCCCAAAAGCUACCAGCGGGGCGCCGUACGUACCUGCCAGCCCAACCCAAAGUCCCAAACCCGCGAGACCACGACGGACAUCCCGCAAUACACCCUACCCAAGCUCCCAAAGUCAAUGAGCAAGCCGAAGCCCUCGACCGCCGCGCCCGGCCAGGAGCGCAGCCUGACCGUGACGGUCAAAUCGCUACGCAACCCGCCGCUGGACGUCAAGCUCGCGUCGCAGGGGCCCAACACGUCGGUGCUGGACGUCAAGAGCGCCGUGACGAAGCAGACGGGCAUCCCCGAGGACAAGAUGAAGCUGCUGCACAAGAAGAAGCCCGUGCCCGACAGCAAGGUGCUGAAGGAGCUCGCGGGCGAGGGCGAGACGAGCGUCGAGUUCUCGGUCAUGGUCAUGGGCGGUGCUGCUACGCUGGCUGCUGCGGCGGCGUCUGCUGGAACGGCGGCAGCAGCAGUACCGGCGGAAGAAAGCAAGACGGAGGCGCAGAAGGAUGUUGCGCAGGGGCAGAGUGGUAGUGACACAUUGGAGACACAGGAGUUCUGGGACGACCUGAAAGGCUUCCUGCUGCAGCGGAUACGGGACGAGAAGCUUGCGGUGGACCUGACGAAUACGUUCCAGAAGUCUUGGAAGGCGAAAAGGUGA